AACUUGUGAAAUAGCCAACUUCAGUUUUUUGCACGAUUCGAAAUUUUAAUAAACACAAAUACAUACAUGUAAGUAUGUGGCAACGAUGAUCGAGGUUAUUUGAAUCUAGAAAAUACUUAAAAAUUAAUAAUUUAACAAAUGUCGAAUUUUGAUUAUGAUGAGACAUCAAGAUAUCACAAAUGACAAUGAUACCGAGACGGACACUGCUGAGGAAGAAAUCACAGAAACCGAGGAAUCUUCCUCAACAGGAAAAGAUACUCCUCAUGAUUUGACAUUAUCCUUUUUAAAAUUAUCUUACAAACGACUUCCAAAAAAUUGUGUCAAGUUUUCUUUUUUGAGUCUCAACAGUGUUACCUUUCUUGCUGGUAUAAGCGCUGUGAUCAUUUCAAUUUGGAUGCUGGCCGAUAAUAAAAUGAUGUCUAGAUUAAUUGGACAACGUAUAUACAUAACAACAUUGCUCAUAAUAGGAAUAUUCGCUUCUAUUCUAGCAAUUAUCGGCAUAUUAGGUUUUCUCAAAAGAAAACAAAAUUUCUUGAUAAUCUACAUAAUAUUCCAUGCGCUAUUCCUGUUUUUGAUCUUUGUCUGCUCCAUUUUGAGUUUUUCUUUAUUCGAUAAACUUACGAGAAGUAUUCACGAGGAUAUGGCUAAUUCAAUUGAAAAUUAUCGUUAUUUGGAUUGGGUUGCGGAGGCUUGGGAUAAUACACACAGAUACUUGAAAUGCUGUGGAAUUCGAUCGCACGAUGAUUGGGAAAGACAUGGUAUGCUUAUACCACAGAGUUGUUGUUCAACUACUGUCGACAAAUGUUUGAACAUGACCGCUGAAGUAGUGUAUGAGUCUGGCUGUUUAAAUGGCGCCGUUGAUUUCCUCAAAUCGUCGGUCCAUACGGUUUCUAUAUCGGUCCUUUUCAUGUCACUAGCUCUAUUCGCAAAUUUGUUCUUCGCUUUCGCUGCUCGCAAGAGAUUUAAGAUGUACCCUUUGAACGAGUAA